GAGCGUGAUUUUGCAUGACAGGUUGCCGGUGUUGCGUUUUUCUCACGAUUUUCACGUUGUCGGUCGUGUUUGGAAAGAGCUUCCCCAAGCACGUGAGCCUUGUGAAGGCGAGAUUCGGGGACACUCUGGGGUACGGGGCGGCAGGGAACCGCUCGCGGGUGCAAAGGCGUGGUUUCAGACUCACAGUUUUUCUUGACCUCACGUGCCCUGUGCCCAGACUUCGACGUGCAGAUCUUCUCGCAGCGCCGCGAGUUGCCUUUUUGUCACUUUUUGUUGGCCGCUUGCAGGUGGAUCCAAUUCGUGCUACUGGGGACUCUUUGGCUGGGCUUUGUUUUGACAUCGGGGCAUACUGUUUGGGUCCCAACUCGCCAAUCUGUCAGGAUUUGCGCGACUUCGAAGACGUUCUGGUUGGGCCCAACCUUGAUCUCUUUGACCCGGUGAGGCCCGUGUAUCUUUGGAAAUCGUGACCUCGUUGAGCCAGGCACUCCGAACUUUUGAGCUUGCGCCUCGAGCUCCACGUUCCGCCCGGGCCCUCGCCGCGUUCCAUUGUCAUGGCCAAGAGGUCCCGUGCAGGUUAUUGUCAUUUGAUCUUUGUCACCAAUCUGUCAGCCCCCUUGAUCUUUGACCCAGUGAGGGUCCCUGGGGUCCCUAGGGUCCCUGGGGUCCCUGGGUCCCUGGGCACGCGGGUGCCAUGAAACAACGUCCUUCCAUCAAGACGUCUCGAUGUGGGUUAGCCAGUCUGACGGAUGGACGCUGCGAAGCCUUGCAAGGCUUGGCCCGACCGACCUUCAGGCCGCGAGUGAAAAGGAGGAGGAGCAUCCAAACCCGUGCGUUGGUGUUGCCAAAGAAGCCAGUCAAUCUUGUGUUUGCUCUGGAAACUUGGCUCGAGGGUACUCAUCAACACUG